UUUUAUGUUAUUUACUUUGCAGGUGUCAUCUUCUGGCUACACAUGUGAUUUUCACAUUGUCUUCCAAUCAGGUGAAAUCUUAUUGAAGAGCUAUGCAGAAGGAUACUAGUACCAGUGCCCCGUCAUCUACUGGUGCCAAGAUUAGGCACCGAAAACGCUCAACUGAGGCUGUUCCGGAAGUUACCAAAGCAAAUGGAGGCCAGUUGCUUGUUGAUGACAAAAGCAAAUACAAGUCCAUGUUAAUUCGUGCAUACUCAUCCAUUUGGAUGAUUGGUGGCUUUGCAUUAAUCCUCUGUGAAUAUUAAUAAAGCACUCAUGCAUAGCCAAGUUUACUAUGUCUUCUUGUUUGCAGCAUCUAAGGUAGAUCCUCUGCAUCUAAAGUACUUCAGUUUUGCUGGUCGUGUUAUUGCAUUAGCUUUAAUGCAUAAGGUGCAAGUGGGUAUUGUUUUUGACCGUUUGUUUUUCAAGCAAUUGGCUGGAAAGUCUGUUACUUUAGAAGAUAUACAGGCGGCAGAUCCUUACUUGUACAGUAGCUGCAAGCAAAUAUUGGAGAUGGAUGCUGAUUUCAUUGAUUCAGAUGCUUUAGGACUGACGUUUGUGAGAGAGGUGGAUGAAUUAGGACACAGGAAAGUGGUUGAACUUUGCUCUGGUGGGAAAAACCUUGUAGUGAAUAGUACGAACAGGGAGAAGUAUGUUUCUCUUCUCAUUCAAAAUUAUUUUGAGACAUCGAUAUCUGAGCAGGUAUCACAUUUUGCCAAGGGCUUUGGUGAUAUCCUUUCUAACUCAAGGCAACAGCCGUUCUUCUUUAAAAGUUUAGAGCUUGAAGACCUUGAUUGGAUGCUCCAUGGGAGCGAAAGUACUAUUUCUGUCGAAGAUUGGAAGGCUCAUACUGAGUAUAAUGGCUAUAAAGAGACUGACUGUCAAAUAUCUUGGUUUUGGGAGAUUGUUGGUAGAAUGCCAGCAGAACAAAGGAAGAUUCUUCUGUUCUUUUGGACAUCCGUGAAAUAUCUGCCAGUUGAAGGUUUCCGUGGUUUAGCUUCCCGUUUAUACAUUUACAGGUCUAUGAAAACUGAAGACCGCCUUCCUUCAUCGCACACAUGCUUUUACAGGCUGUGUUUCCCGCCAUAUUCAUCCAAGGCUGUCAUGCAAGAUCGCCUUAGAAUCAUCACUCAAGAACACAUCGGUUGCAGUUUCGGUACCUGGUGAGAAUACAUUUGCAAUUUGGGGGCUACAAGUGGUUUUCGUUUUGACUGCACAGAGAAGUAUCACUGCUCUGCUUUGUACAGUUAUAGCAUCAUUGUUCCAUCUAUCCUUGAAUUGGAUAAUGUGAGAAGGUUCUGUAGUUCUGUUUCCCGAAUCAAUUCAGGGUUGGAAUGUCAUUGCUGCUCUGUCAAAUGUUUAUAUCGGGGUCUAGUGUCAAAAAUAAAACAGGAUUAAAAAAGAAAAUUUCAUUAUAUUGGUGGUGAUGUGGUCAUUGUUCUGGUAAAUAGGUGUUGGUUCAUCUUCCCCGGUGACAUGUAAGUUUGGACAAAAUCAUGUUCAAGGGGCAACUCUUCCUCCUUUUAAUCUAUUAGGAGUUUGAGAAUUUCUAACAUUCUCACUAUUUAACCUAUUUAUGGGCUUAUGCAUUCUCGUCUACUCCAGCCAAGGCAACCCACAGGAGAGAAACUGCACUUGUUUCAGUGACAGAAAAUCAUUAGAUGUCAAGGGCUUAAAUAUGGGUUUACAUUAGAUUUUAGAUAUUCCUAUCUUGUUGGUAUGAAUACUUCUAGAUGAGUUUAGGGAAAAAGAAGAAAGAAUGGAAAUUCAGUUAUUUUCUUCAUAUUUCUAUGUAGCAGUUUAUAAUACUUGGGAGUUGGGAGUUCUUUGGCUUCUUUCUUCUAAUUUAUUUAUUGGUAAUUUUGCUAAAUAGUUA